CAGCCUACGUCGAUUCUUCUACUUCCGGGAAUUCGCCUGCCCCCUUGGAUGUGAUGUGUGAUUGAGACGUGUGGGGGUUUAGGGCAGAUACAGAACAUGUCCAUACUCAUCAUGUGACUGUAAAGAAUGUGUCACAUCGAAACAUGAAACCAGCUUCAUGCUUUACUGGAACAGAGGAACAAAGUGCACUGCAGACAGAAGUAGGCUACUCUGGUGUAUGUGAGACUUUUUUUAUCGCUUCUUUGGAAUUAGAAACUCUGAGGAAUGAACAAUAAAGUGAAGUGUAAAUGCGGUCAGGACAUCUGAGUGAUCUGAGUAAAACUGAAGAGAUGGCUGCAGGGAGAUCUACUGGUGAUAUCCCCAAUCUCUCCGACUUGAGGAUUGUGUUGCUGGGGAACAGAGAAGCUGGGAAGAGUUCAGCAGGAAACACCAUCCUGGGCAGAGAGGAGUUUGACCCUGAUGUGAGAACACUGCAGUGUGUGAAGAGACCGGGAGAGGUAGCAGGGAGACAGGUCACUGUGGUGGACACUCCAGGAUGGAAGGAUUAUGAUCUUAGGUUUGAUAGAGAUUCUCCUAACCUCCUGAAACAGCAGAUUGUUCUCAGUGUGACUCUGUGUCCUCCAGGACCUCAUGCCUUUCUGCUGGUCAUCCAUGAGAACGUGACCUUCACAGAGGCCGAGAGAAACGCCACAUCAAACCACCUGAGUCUUCUGGGCCAUGGAGCCUGGAAACACUCUCUAGUUCUGUUCAUUCAGGAGACUCCUGCAGAAGAGAAAGCCUUUGAGGUUAAAGGGAAAAUGCUCCAGCAGCUUGUAGAGAGAUGUGGGAACAGAUAUCAUGUCCUCAACAUCAAGAGCAAGGAUGAUAGGCAAGUCACAGAGCUGCUGGAGAAGAUAGAAGAGAUGGUGGGAAGAAACAGUGGCCGUCACUAUGAAAUAAACAGAGACAUAUUACUGAAGGUUGAAGAGAAGAGGGCAGAAGAAGAGAGGAGAGCAGAGGAGAGAAGAAAAAAAGUCCAGAGACAGGGAGGUGCACUGCUUCCAGAACUCAGAAUUGUGCUGCUGGGAUUUAAAGAUGCUGGGAAGAGUUCAUCAGGAAACACCAUCCUGGGCAGAGAGGAGUUUCAGCCUGGACAGAGAUCUGCUGUUUGCGUGAAGAGACAGGGAGAAGUAGCAGGCAGGCAGGUCACUGUGGUGGAGACACCUGGAUGGAAUGGCCAUUCAGUGAACAGCCCUGAGAUGGUCAGAAAAGAGAUUCUGCUCAGUCAGAGAUUGUGUGAUCAGGGUCCCCAAUGUUUUUGUUUAGUCAUAAGAGUGGAUUUUGCUUUCACAGAGAUACACAAGGCAUCCGUUCAGAAGCAUAUAUUUCUUCUCAGUGAGACAGUGUGGUGUCACACCAUGGUGCUGUUCACCCAUGGAGACUGGCUGGGAGACACAACCAUUGAGCAGUACAUUGAGAGUGAAAAAGCCCUACAGACUCUAGUAGAGAAAUGUGGGAACAGAUGUCAUGUCCUCAACAAUCAGAAUAGAGGUGAUACUAUGCAGGUCACACAGCUGCUGGAGAAGAUAGAAAACAUGGUAGCAAUGAAUAAGAGCUCUCUCUUUAAAAUGAGUGAAGAUCUUUUACAAAACCUAGAGGAGCAGGCGAAGACAGAGAAAAUCAGAGCAGAGAAGAGGAUGAUGAAGGUGAAGAAACAAAGACAAGACCUCAGGGCAUCACUGGAUCAAAUACAUCAGUUAUCUCUAAGGAUAGUUCUUCUGGGAUUCAAGGAAGCUGGCAAGUCUUCAACAGGGAACACCAUCCUGGGUGAAGAUGUGUUUGGGUUGCGCUCUAUAUCAAAAUGUGAGAAGAGAGAGGGGGAGGUGGCAGGGAGGCAGGUCACUGUGGUCGACACCCCAAGCUGGUAUUGGAGAAAUGGCACGGCUAAAGCUCCUGAAUUCAUCAAACAAGAAACAAUACUGAGUGUGUCCUUGUGUGAUCCUGGACCCCAUGCUCUCUUACUUCUGAUCCGUAUUGAUGUCUGUUUCAAUAGUCAAUACAGACAAGAAGUGCCGCAAUAUUUGAAACUUUUCAGUGGGGAUAUCUGGAGUCACACCAUGGUGCUGUUCACCUUUGGGGACUGGCUGGGAGACACAACCAUUGAGCAGCACAUUGAGAGUGAAAAGGCUCUGCAGUCUCUAGUAGAGAAAUGUGGGAACAGAUAUCAUGUUCUCAACAAUAAGAAUAGGACAGGCGAUCAGGUCACAGAGCUGCUGGAGAUGAUAGAAGAGAUGGUAGCAGGAAAUAAAAACGAUCACUUUGAGAUGGACAGAAAGAGACUGGAGGAAGUGAAGGAGAGGAGGGAGAAAGAAGAAGAGAGAGCAACAGAGAGACUGAUGAAGGUGGAGAAGCAAAGACAACACCUCAAGUCACUGAAGCCAGGGAAUUCAUCCCCACAGUCAGAGUUCAGAGUUGUGUUGCUGGGAUACAGAAAUGCUGGGAAGAGUUCAUCAGGAAACACCAUCCUGGGCAGAGAGGAGUUUGACCUGAAGAGAAGAACAGCUCAGUGUGUGAAGAGACAGGGAGAAGUAGCAGGCAGACAGGUCACUGUAGUCAAGGCUCCAGGAUGGUGGAAUAAUGAAAAGCUCAUAAACACUCCUGAGCUCACUAAACAGGAGAUUGUGCUCAGUGUGUCUCUGUGUCCUCCAGGACCACAUGCUGUCCUACUUGUCAUAGAUAUUGAACGUUCUUUCACAUUUGAAGAAAGAUUAACUAUUCAGGAACACCUCGAGCUUCUCGGUGGUAUUGUCUGGAGUCAUACCAUCAUGCUGUUUACCCGUGGAGACUGGCUGGGAGACACAACUAUUGAGCAGUGCAUUGAGAGUGAAGAGGCACUGCCGUCUCUAGUUGAGAAAUGUGGGAACAGAUAUCAUGUCCUCAACAAUAAGAAUAGGGCAGGUGAUCAGGUCACAGAGCUGCUGGAGAAGAUAGAAGAGAUGCUAGCAGGAAACAGAAACUGUCACUUUGAGAUGGACAGAAAGAGACUGGAGGAAGUGAAGGAGAGGAGGAGGAAUGAAGAACAGAGAGCAACAGAGAGACUGAUGAAGGUGGAGAAGCAAAGACAACACCUCCAGUCACUGAAGCGGAAUUCGUCACCACAGUUAGAGUUCAGAGUUGUGCUGCUGGGACACAGAUAUGCUGGGAAGAGUUCAUCAGGAAACACCAUCCUGGGCAGAGAGGAGUUUGACCUGAAGAGAAGAACAGCUCAGUGUGUGAAGAGACAGGGAGAAGUAGCAGGCAGACAGGUCACUGUAGUCAAGGCUCCAGGAUGGUGGAUUAAUUUCAACCUCAAAGCCACUCCUGAGCUCACUAAACAGGAGAUUGUGCUCAGUGUGUCUCUGUGCCCUCCAGGACCUCACAUUCUCUUACUGCUUAUAAAAGUAGCUAAUUCUUACACGCAGGAUGUCAUUAGAAACAUCCAAGAACAUCUGGAGUUUGACAGAGUCUGGAGCCAUACUAUGGUGCUGUUUACCCGUGGAGACUGGCUGGGAAACACAACCAUUGAGCAAUACAUUGAGAGUGAAGAACACCUCAGAUAUCUGGUAGAGAAAUGUGGGAACAGAUAUCAUGUUCUCAACAAUGAGAACAAAAGUGACAGAACACAGAUCACAGAGCUGAUGGAGAAGAUGGAGGAAAUUAUCUCUGGAAACGGAGGCCGUCACUUUGAGAUGGACAGAGAGAGACUCCAGGAAAUGAAGGAGAGAAGAAAACAACAGAUGCAGAGAGCAGAGGACAGACGGAUGUGUGACUACAGGCAGAUAUCUGCUUUUCGAUUCUCACAAGAUGAUGCUCCAUUUCUCCAAAAUAUGAGGGUUGUGCUGCUGGGACACAGACUAUCUGGGAAGAGUUCAUCAGGAAACACCAUCCUGGGCAGAGAGGAGUUUGACCUGAAGAGAAGAACAGCUCAGUGUGUGAAGAGACAGGGAGAAGUAGCAGGCAGACAGGUCACUGUAGUCGAGGCUCCGGGAUGGUUGAAGAAUUUCAGCCUCAUAAACACUCCUGAGCUCACUAAACAGGAGAUUGUGUUCAGUGUGUCUCUGUGUCCUCCAGGACCACAUGCCGUUCUGCUAGUCAUACGCACAGAUUAUACUUUCGCAGAGGUCUACGCAAAAAGUGCCAGGUACAAUUUGGAGCUUCUUGGUAAAAAUGUUUGGAGUCACACAAUUGUCCUUUUCACCUAUGGAGACUGGCUGGGAGACACAUCCAUUGAGCAGCACAUUGAGAGUGAAGGAGAAACCCUGCAGUGGAUCAUUGGGAAAUGUGGGAACCGAUAUCAUGUCCUCAACAACAAGGACUGGACUGAGGAUACACAAGUAACAGAGCUGCUGGAGAAGAUAGAACAGAUGGUGGUAAGAAACGGAGGAGCUCACUAUGAAAGACCACAAGAAGAGGAGAAAAAGAAGAAAAAGGACAAGAAAAGGACAAGAUGGGCGACUCUCUUCAGAGGUUUGCUGAAACGGAAUAGAGCAGAUGACCAGAGCAGAGAGUUGAAUGAAGCUGCAGCACGAUUGGAUGAGUUGAGUCUGCAAGGAAGCAUGAAAACUCCCCCAGACAUGUGUGCAGCGGAAGUCCUGUAUUAUGACAGAUCUGGGAUGUUCACAGUGGAAACCUCAGGCUACGGCACAUACCCAUAUCCAUCACCUUCUGAAGCCACUUUAGUAGCCCUCUCUGAAGCCCUCAGGGAGUCUGUAAACACUGAGUGGAGUCCCUUUGAGAUGGACAGGAGGAGCACUGGAGGGGGAGGUGAUAAAGUGUUUUAUCCAGAGAUACGUGGUCCUAAAAUCAUUGGGGAAGAUUCCUCAGAAGACACUUUUGUGGACCAAGAUGAUUUGGAUUCUGUAGACAAUCCUGACUGGAGGAGAGACAUGAGAGGACUGUCUGAUAAUAUGGCUGAGUUGGACAUUUCAGCUGGUGAACCUCAGUGUACGUAUUACAGACCAACAAAUUGCUGCAAAUCCUGUGAAGAUGUUGAAGACACCUCACACUGGAUCCUGAUGGAACCCUGUGUUUCCAUGGAGACAGUAGUCCCAUUGUAUAAACACAGCUCUCCACCAGGAAGUUUUGAGUGCACAGUGUCUGGUUUGCGCUGGGUGUGUGCUGUUGAAGUCUCUCUACAGUAUCACUUCAGUGACCCCCAUGUAUUCAGAGCAGAGCUUGCCAUGUUGCAAUAUGAGCCAAUUGGUCCCUUGAUGGACAUCAAAGUGCUCUCAGGUGAACUGUUGGAGGCUCAUCUGCCCCAUUUUGCCUGUCUGGAAGGUUCAGACUCCUCUCUUAGAGAGGCUGUAAGAGUUCUGCGUGGGGUUGACAGCAGUGUAACUCUAGAGAAAUGUGAGCUGACCCGCUUCCACGCAAAGCUCCUCAAGCCCUCCUUCUCACUGACAGAAGUCCUGGUGAAAUUAGGAAUCCCAAUGAAAGCCCAUCUGGAUGUGUUAAUAUACCGCACCAGAGUGACACCCCUGGUUCUCCUCACAUACGUUGUGCCAAGGGAUGCUUCCAUGAUUCAGGCUGUUGAAGAGGAUUUACGCAGAACCCAAGAUGCAAAGGAGAUCAUAACACAUCGACCAAACAUCCCCAUUUGGAUAAACACUGAGUUUAGCCUAAAAGCAUCUGUCUGUGAUGCUGAGAUCUCCCCACCAGAGAUCACCCUUAAAUACUUCAGACCUCCAGAGUUUUUCAAGGUGGUCAUUAAAAAGCCAGAGGACCGUUUUGAUUUGGAGCUGAAGAGUGAGGGGAAAUCCAUAUGGGAAGCGAAAUUGCACAGAUUUGAAUAUGGUGAAGGGACACACGAUCAUGAGAUUACCUUAGCAGCAUCCAGACAUGAUACUUUAAUGACCUCCAUAUCAAACAAAGGUAACCACAGGUUUUGGGUAGAGCAUAACGGCAGUUGGGGUGAAGGGACACACGAUCAUGAGAUUACCUUAGCAGCAUCCAGACAUGAUACUUUAAUGACCUCCAUAUCAAACAAAGAUCGACUGUCCCAUUUCCGGCCUGCUCUUGUCAAGAGGACAUCAGAACCUACACUGAAAGGUCUGCUGUUAGGACUUGAAGCCUAUAAGCCUCCUGUCUUGAGCAGUAUUGAAGUACAAAACAUCCUGCAGAAGACCAGCGUGCUGCAGGACCAGGUGACCUCCCUCAUCGACAUGGUGCUUAAUAAGGGAGACACAGCGUGUGGCAUCAUGCUCUCUCUCCUUGAAAAAGUGGACUAUUACUUUUAUCAAGACCUUAUCAAGAAAAGCCUUCCUGAAAGUGUGUAUCUGAGAUGAAACCUUUGACUGCCCUUCAGUUUGUUGUAAAGGCACAUAAAGUAACAGAAGAUGGUCAUACAUUUAAUGUAGAUUAUUAAUGUACAUAAUAGAUGUAAAACAAAUCUGUUCCACUGAUUCAGUGAGGCACUAUUCAUCAAUGUCUGAAAAACAAACAGUUCAUUAUAUUUUUAUACAUCAUAUUCUAUAUUAAAACAUCUUGAGUAUUACUAAAUA